ACACACACACACACACACAAGAGAGAACUCAAAUACUGAUAGAUAUGUGGACGUUCAAAGACACACACUAAUGCGCACACACCUGGACGAAGAUGUUAAUCCUGUGUAAUUACAGUAUAUGCCAUAUUUGUAUUAAUUUGCAAGUGGAGUACAGCUUGAUUACUGAAGGGGGUGUGUGUGUAUAUGUGUAUUUGUAUGUAUGUGCUUGUGCAUGUGUGUGUGUGUGUGCCCUCCUCAGUUAGUAGGUUAGUGAGAGAUUGCCAGGGCUGCAGAUAAGAGGAUUUGAGUGGAAUUUGUGUCAUUCUAUUGGCGGAGGAAUAGAUUUAUAUUGAUUUUAAUCAGAGAGAGACAGAUUCACUGAACCACAGAUAAUAUAGAUGGGGAGAGAUAGAGAGAGGCAGAGAAGGUGUCAGAGGUAAACACAGAAAGAGAGAGCAAGCAACUGACGAGAGGAGAGAGAAUAUUAGAGAGAAUAAAGAGGUUCUCCAAAACAAAAACACAUGACAUGCUGGCCGGGUGUUUCUCCACUUGGCGAGAGAGUGAAAGAUUAACGGAACAUCAGGACACUUUUAUGAGGAGGAAGAGCUAACAACACACUCAUCACAUCUUGGAGUAUUUGAAGAAAUGCAGCUGUGUGGUGAGUGAUCAUCGACCACAACCAUCAACAUUGCAACCACAACCACAACCACAACCACAACCAUCAACACUGCAACCACAACCAUCAACAGUGCAACAAGGACCACAACCAUCAUCACUGCAACAAGGACCACAACCAUCAACCCCAACCCCUGACUGUGAUCGGAGCGAUCAUAGUUCUAUUGGAGUCCCUGCUUUAAGUGACUGUCAUUUAUUUUUCUAAUAUGCUUUUAUUAGUUAAUGUUUCCCUGGAAAAACAGUGACACAUGUUAUUGCUCUGUGGACUAUACUGGCUACAUAAAGAUGAACUGAACUCCUGACCUUUAACUCCAACCCUGACCACAUCAUGAACGCUGUCCUUCUGGCCGUGGCGUGGCUGUGCUUGGUCUGGGCCGUGACGUGGCCUGUAACCACGGUGACAGGGAUCCGUAACCCAGGACGACGGAGGCACAAAGACGUUUAUGUGGGGGAGCACAGCAAGAACAAACACAGAGGGCGUAUAGACCAUAAACUGAUGCGGCAGGACAGCACCAAGUCUCUACUCAUUAAGACUGAACAGCUGCUGAGGAUCGAGGAGCACGACUUCGCUAUGAGACCUGGCUUUGGAGGUGCAGCCAUCCCUGUAGGCAUUGAUGUUCAGGUGGAGAGCAUCGACAGCAUUUCAGAGGUCAACAUGGACUUCACCAUGACUCUGUACCUGCGCCACUACUGGAAGGAUGAGCGGCUGGCGUUUCCAUCUCGUAGCAACGUGAGCAGGACAUUUGAUGGGCGUCUGGUGAAGAAGAUGUGGGUUCCUGACGUGUUCUUCGUCCACUCCAAGAGGUCCUUCAUCCAUGACACCACCAUGGAGAACAUCAUGAUCAGGGUCUAUCCUGACGGAAGCAUACUCUACAGUGUCAGGAUCACAGUGACUGCUCUCUGCUCCAUGGACUUCAGCAGCUUCCCUCUGGACACACAGAACUGUUCACUGGAACUAGAGAGCUAUGCGUAUAAUGAGAAUGAUCUGAUGUUGUAUUGGAAGAAUGGCAAUGACUCUCUGAGGACAGAUGAGAUGGUUCUCUCUCAGUUCUUCAUCAAGAAGUUCCACCCUUCCAGUGGGCUCGCAUUCUACAGCAGCACAGGUUGGUAUAACAGGUUGUAUAUAAACUUCAUCCUGAGGAGACAUAUCUUCUUCUUCAUGCUGCAGACAUAUUUCCCCACCAUGCUGAUGGUUCUGCUGUCCUGGGUCUCCUUCUGGAUUGACAGGAGGGCUGUGCCUGCACGUGUCUCCCUAGGUAUCACUACAGUACUGACCAUGUCAACCAUCAUCACUGGUGUGUCCUCCUCCAUGCCACAGGUGUCCUAUGUGAAGGCAGUGGACAUCUACCUGUGGACCAGCUUCCUGUUUGUGUUCCUGUCAGUGAUAGAAUAUGCUGCUGUCAAUUACUGCUCUACGCUGGAGGAGAUGAGACGACUGAAGAGAGGAAAGCUCCCAAUCUCGUACAACACCAGCAAAGCCAUGGCCUUCGACGGCUGUUUCCAUGACAGUGACAUUGAGCUGACCCCGUUCCCCCGUCUGCCAACCUCCAUGACCUCCAGCCAUCACAGAACUCCACUCCAGAACCCUGAGGACCCACCCAUCGAGGGGACACGUCUCCGCCGGCAACGGUCGGUGCAGGAGAACGUGGAUCUGCUACUUAGCAACAGCUACUUGAUCGACUCGUACUCCCGCAUGGCCUUCCCUCUGUCCUACCUCCUAUUCAAUACCAUCUACUGGAGUAUGUACUCCUCCUGAGGGACCCUACUGAGUAUAGUGCUGGGACCCUACUGACUAUAACUCCUUCCGAGGGACGGUCCUACUGAGUACUGGGACCCUACUGAGUAUGUACUCUUCCUGAGGGACCCUACUGAGUAUAGUGCUGGGACCCUACUGACUAUAACUCCUUCCGAGGGACGGUCCUACUGAGUACUGGGACCCUACUGAGUAUGUACUCCUCCUGAGGGACCCUACUGAGUAUAGUGCUGGGACCCUACUGACUAUAACUCCUUCCGAGGGACGGUCCUACUGAGUACUGGGACCCUACUGAGUAUGUACCCCUCCUGA